GCUCGCUCCGCCGCCAUGGCCGCCGCGCACCCGGGCCCCGCCGCGCCCGCCGCCCCCGCCCCGCCCGCCCCGCCGCCCCCCGCCGCUCCGGGCAUCCUCAUCGGCGACCGGCUCUACUCGGAGGUGUCGUUGACCAUCGACCACUCGCUGAUCCCAGAGGAGCGGCUCUCGCCCACCCCCUCCAUGCAGGACGGGCUGGACCUGCAGUGCGAGACCGACCUGCGCAUCCUGGGCUGCGAGCUCAUCCAGGCGGCCGGCAUCCUGCUGCGGCUGCCGCAGGUGGCCAUGGCGACGGGGCAGGUGCUGUUCCAUCGGUUCUUCUACUCCAAGUCCUUCGUCAAGCACAGCUUCGAGAUUGUUGCUAUGGCCUGCAUCAAUCUCGCGUCCAAAAUCGAAGAGGCGCCUCGAAGGAUAAGGGACGUGAUCAACGUGUUCCAUCACUUGCGGCAGUUAAGAGCUAAAAGGACUCCAAGCCCCCUGAUACUUGAUCAGAACUACAUAAACACCAAAAAUCAAGUAAUCAAAGCAGAAAGGAGGGUACUGAAGGAGUUGGGAUUUUGUGUUCAUGUCAAGCAUCCUCAUAAGAUCAUCGUUAUGUAUUUACAAGUCCUAGAAUGUGAACGUAAUCAAACCCUGGUACAGACAGCCUGGAAUUACAUGAACGACAGCCUGCGGACGAACGUGUUUGUUCGCUUCCAGCCGGAGACCAUCGCGUGUGCGUGCAUUUACCUCGCUGCCAGGGCCCUGCAGAUCCCGCUGCCUACCCGGCCCCACUGGUUCCUGCUCUUUGGCACCACGGAAGAGGAGAUUCAGGAGAUCUGCUUAACGACUCUGAAGCUUUAUACCAGGAAGAAGCCCAAUUACGAAUUUCUGGAUAAAGAAGUAGAAAAGAGGAAAAUGGCACUACAGGAGGCAAAACUGAAAGCAAAAGGUUUAAAUCCAGAUGGAACUCCAGCACUCUCAACAUUGGGUGGCUUUUCUCCUGCAUCCAAACCAUCUUCCCCAAGAGAAGUAAAAGCUGAGGAGAAAUCUCCAGUGUCUGUGAAUACCAAAACCGUUAAAAAAGAGCCAGAAGAGAGGCAGCAAACCUCGAAGAGCCCUUACAAUGGGCUGCGGAAGGAGAGCAAGAGGAGCCGCAGCAGCAGGAGCGGCAGCCGCUCGCGCUCCCGGACAAAGUCGCGCUCCCGCUCGCACAGCGCGCGCCGCCACUACAACAACCGGCGCAGCCUGUCGGGCACCUACAGCUCUCGCUCGCGCAGCCGCUCGCGCAGCCACAGCGGCAGCCCGCGGCGGCACCACAACCACGGCUCGCCGCACGCCAAGGCCAAGCACGGCCGCGACGAGCUCAAGGGCGCCGGCAGGCACGGCCACAAGCGGAAAAAGUCGCGCUCCCCGUCGCAGAGCAAACCCCGCGAGCACUCGGAGGCGGCCAAGAAGCACCGGCACGAGCGCGGGCACCACCGGGAGCGGCGCGAGCGCUCGCGCUCCUUCGAGCGCUCGCACAAGGGCGCCAAGCACCACGGCAGCGGGCGCUCGGGCCACGGCCGGCACCGCCGCUGACACGGCGCUUCGUGGGAAAGGAACUCUUACCGACUUUUGCACAUCGUACCUUAGCAGUAUCCCGGAGGUGGCAAAGGAUCAGGUGCACUGGAUGUAUUAGAGUCGUGUAUCGUUUAUUGAGCUGAGAACUGGAGAAAGGAUUUCUGUAAAAAAGCAAAUCGUACCUUAUUUUUAUACCGGUCAAUUGCAGACGCUUAUAUUUAAGUAUAGUUAUUUGUUUAAACAUGGUGGAGACUUUCUUACACUGGUUUUAGUCUGCAUGUGUUCAAAGAUUUUUACAAGAAAUAAAAUAUAAAGCUUUUUUUUUUUUUUUUUUUUUUUUACUGCCUGUUGGAUGCCAAAUGUGUGGAAACUAAACUUGGUUUUCUUACACACCACGGCUCUGACCCUUGUGCCUGAGGGGGACACGGGGGUGUGGAUGUGCUGCUUUGGGAGGGGUAACUGGGAAAACCUUGGAUAUUUGUGUCCUCCUGGAGGUGCAGCAGUUGGAAAAAAUGGUCAUGGACCUCUCUGAAGCUCAGCAGGAUGCACUGCUGGUGUCCCCUGGCUGAGAGCAGCAGCUGCUGGGACAUUCCUGGAGCUGUGCCUGCUGUGGGAAAGGAGAGCUGGAAGGGGAGAGGAGGAAUUGGAUCUGCUGCUUCAGCUGCUGCUCAGGUGGAACCAAACCCUGGAGCCUGCAGGUGAGAGGUGUUUGCUGAGCUCCCCAAAAUGCCUCUCAUUGCUGGAAUGUUCCCCUGCAGAGCCCAGGUGCUCUUGGGAAGGUGUUCUACACACCCCAGACAGGAGGGGAGACCUGAGCAGAAGCUCCAUGGUUGGAACAUCCCAGCCCCGUCCUGCUGGGCCCCCUGUGCAGCUGCUUUGGAAAUGCAGGAAGUGAAUGUGUAUUUUCGAGAGGAAAAGAUAAAAUGUGUCUUCUGUUUCUUGGUUACCACUGUUUUCCAGUCUGUAACGACUGUUCUGUGUGUGCUGUGUUCAGGAAAAUGUUUGUUGCUAUGGAGAUUGAAGGAGCUUUUUCCCCCAGACAGAAAUGCCGGGAUAGUGCAGAGCAGAGGGAGAAGCUGGGUUUGGAGGAGCAGCACCAGUGCCUGCCUUGGCUUUGGGAUUUGUGAGUGACCCGUGCAGGGCUCAGCCCGGGGGCUGUGUGAGCACUGAGCCCUCUGUGCUUCCAGGGCCCCCUUGAGCCCUGGGGCUGUGGGGCAGCAGGACAGCUCCAGCAGGGAGCUCCGUGUUUGUUCUUUGGGGAGAGGUCCCCAGGCAGGGAGGGUGGCCUGGCCCUCAGCAGGGGGACAUGCGACAGGUGACAGUCCUGAGGGGCUGCAGCCCUGGAUGCCCCUUGCCCUGCGGGAGGAGCUGAGGGCACAGCAGCUGAAGGGUCCCUGCACCACAGUUCUGUCUCUCCUAAGAUGUGGAAGUAUUCCUGAAUUUUGCAUUUCCCUGUGUUUUCCUGGAGCUCUGAGUCACAGAAAUGAGUCGUUUGACAGGGCUGAUGGACUUCAAGCACCUGUGGUGACCUCCAGCAGUCCCCUGAGGCUACAUUCUGCUCAUAUCUCAGUAGCUGGGACAAUUUUCCAGGGAAUCUGCAGGGUUCCUGCCCUGGUGGUGCUGCAGCUGCUGCCACUGGGCUCUGAACAUCUGAGCCCUACAGGGACAGGGAAAUGUCCCAGCCUGUUCUCCUUGGGCACAGGGCUUUGCCUGGGUGGGUCUCACCCUCAGAGUUGCAUUUUCUCUGAAAAAAAAAAGGAUUUGAUUAAAUUUUUUUUACUAUUUUUCAACAAAAAAAUGCAAAGGUUUCAAGGCAUUUUGUACAAACUGUUCUGCCUGUCCUUCAUUUUCAGGUUUGUUACAGCUACUGGAAGAGUGAGUGUGAACCAGGAGCUUUGAGCGUUUGGGGAAGAGAAAAUGAAUAAUUGGAAUAUUUUUGAUGGCAAUUGGCCCAACAGUUCCUCUCAAGGCUUCAGUCACCCCCCAACCCGCAGGACUCGUGGCGGGAAGCCAGCACAGGGAUCCCAGGGCUGGGGACACAAAGGCAGCACUGCCACCCUUCCCCUGCCCUCCUCCCUCGGCAGCCACGGAGCAGAGCCAGCGGCAACCUCAGCACGGCCAGAGAGCAGCAACCUCCUCAUCCACCCUUCUACCCCAGAUGGGUCCUCAGCAGGUUUGGAACAUCCUUACCCAGAGCCAGCCAGAGGAAAGGAUUUCUGUGGAUUUCUGUGUACACAGAAAAUCCUGAAAAAUCCAGAAGAUCCACAGAAAAUCCUGGUCUCCAGAACCAGCAGAGAUCAGAAAUCCAAGUUCUCCCUGUGUCCAGCCUGAGCAGGUGAUUUUGUGCUUCAUCCAACCCCAGCUACUGCUUCCAUCACCCUCCAAGGAGGUGCUGGGGUUAUUUUUGGAAGGAAUCUACAGAAACAACCCCCCAAAGCCGGCACCAGCAAACAGAAAGGAGCUGGCAGCCACUGAGGCCACGCUGCUACUUGGUUACACCCACGGCCGGUAAAUCGUGCUCCCAGGCUGGGCCUUCCCGGACGCCUUCCAGCUGUCCCGAGCUUCCUUUUUUGGGUACUUUUCCCCAAAGGCACAUGUGGUUCUUUGUUCAGAACUUUAUGGUGAUUAAAAUGACCGCUCAGCCCUGGUAAGUGAAAACCAGCCCUGCAGCCAGCACAGUGCACAGGAAACAGCUGGGGAGAGGCUGCUGGAACGGGUUUCCAUAAAAGCCAAUGAUUCAUGGAAAUGUUCAGCGAGCGGGGUCAGCCUCGGGCUCUGCGGAGCCGCUUCCGACCGAGGCGAUCCCGAGCCAGCCCCGCCCCAGCCGCGGAGCAGAGCGAGGGAACUCCCGAAUCCCGCCCGGGGGAUGCUCCGGCUCCCGCUGCCCGUGAAACCUCUUCAGCUGCCCUGGAUGUGCGAGGGGGUGUCAGGAGAGGGCAGUGCUUGUUACAGGGGCUGGAGAGACAAGGAAUGGCUUUGAACUGCCAGAGGGCGGGGAUGGAUGGGAUUUGGGCAGGAAUUGCUCCCCGUGAGGGUGGGCAGGCCCUGGCACAGGGUGCCCAGAGCAGCUGUGGCUGUCCCUGUCCCCUGGCAGUGCCCAAGGCCAGGCUGGACACUGGGGCUGGAGCAGCCUGGGACAGUGGGAGGUGUCCCUGCCAUGGCUGGGGUGGCACUGGGUGGGCUUUGAGAUCCUUCCAGCUCAACCCAGCCUGUGAUGAUGAUGGUGAUGGUGAAGGACAUUUGGCAGGACGGAGUGUGACCCUCCAGCAGGAAGAAGAAGCUGCUGCAUUCCGUGGCUCUCCAGGCUCCUUUCCUCUGUGCCCACCUGAUUUCUUCCAGGACUUUCCCUCAGAGUUCAAAGCAGGUACUGCCAGCUGGCCAUUACUCCCUGGAGUGGUGCCAGGCCAAACCAAAGCACUUUCCAUGCCCCAUAAAUCAGGAGAUGGAAAAUCCCCUUUGGGGCACUCCUGCAGCACAGGGCUGCUUCUGACAGGACAUUUCCCAUGGAUUUUUCCCACCCACUUUGAAUGGCUCCAGCACAGGGGCUGCACCACUGCCCAGGGAUCCUCCCUGGCUGCACAGCUCCAGGGAGGGCAUUGUCCUCUCUCUCACAGGGAGAUUUUCCUUUCCCAGUUGUCAGCUCUUUCCUCCCAUGGACCCCCUGGGUUACUGCCCCCUCUCCCUGACGUUUCCCACCCUGUGCUCACUCCGUGCCUGGCAGCAGUGCCUGAGGCCUGCUGCUCUCAGCCACAUCCCACUGUAGGGAACAGAAGGGACAGGCCUGGAAAAGUGGGAGAGUGGCCUCAGAGGCACCCUGGGCAAAUCCCCUCAGAGGAGAAGUCUCCUGAGAGCUCUGGUGACACCUGUGCCCUUCCCUUGGGUACAGGUGUCCCAUCCUGGCCCUGAGCCCUGUCCCCACCCCGGGUGGAGCAGGGUGGGAUCGCUCCAGGCACGGCUGAUCCAGAGCCUGAAGGGCCAAGGAGAACAUCCCAGGGCAAUGCCAGGUGCUCCAAAACAAAUUUUAUUAUAUAAAUAUUUCUGGUGUUCAAAUGCCCUCAACAUUAAUCUCAGGCAGUGCCCUUUUCAUUAUCCCACCCAAAUGAGUUCUGUGAAUUCUGUGAGGAUGAAACCCCUGGAUUGGUGUCCCAGACCAUCACAGCUCUUUGGGCUUUGUUCUUCCUUCAGCAGGACACUCUCAACCACCUGUAACCCCCAAGGACAAAACCCAACAUCGAAUUUUCAUGAUGGAAACAGGGGCCUGUUUUAAAUAACUAAAAAUGCAGCUGUGGGGAGUUGUCUGAGAAAG